AUGCCUUUCCCCCGCGUUGCGUUACCCUCCCAGCUCGCUGCGGUCGCACGGCGCAAUUCUCCGACCCUUCGUCACAUUCACUCGUCCUCGUUCAGAGCGGCUGUUGCCCAUCCCGUCACCGCUCAUGGGCCCCCGCCGAAAGCUCCGGCGCCUGCGGCCGAAUUCCAGGAGAAGUCGACCUUGAAAGAUGAAAGUGCCUCGGCCCACGCUGAGAGUGCUCCCGCACAACCUGCCAAGUCUUCUGCUGCAUUAAAGAAGCGCUUCUGGAAGGAUGUUCAUGUUCACGGCAAGCCCGGGGAAUAUCAAGUGCUGCUGGACAAGCGCCCCGUCCGAACCCCGAAUAAGGAUAUCCUCUCCCUCCCCCCGACAAAACCUCAUCUCGCGCACGCUGUCGCCCUCGAAUGGGAUGUCAUGACUUCCGCCCAACAGGCUCUGAAGAGCCAUCUGAUUCCUCUCACCUCGCUCUCCGCACGCGCGGCGGACAUCGUUCGCGAAGAGGCCGAGGGUGUCAACACGACCCGCGAGCAGAUCCUCACUACCGCCAUGCGCUACCUAGAAACUGAUACACUACUGUGCUGGGAGCCGGAGCGUGAAGCCCACCCGCUCGAGCGCAAGGAGAACGGAGAAAAGAUUGAGAGUCUGCGCGAGAUCCAGGUGCGUGUCGCGAAGGAUAUUAUGAGCUUCUUGUCUACCAAGGUGUGGCCGGGACUCGAGAUUGUGCCCAUCUUGGACACCGAGAGUAUUCUGCCGGUGGCUCAACCGCAGGCGACACAAGAUAGCAUCCGUACUUGGGUGUCGGAGCUGUCCGCCCACGACCUGGCGGGUCUGGAGAGAGCUAUUCUGGCCUCAAAAAGUCUUCUCGUGGCGGUGCGCUUGUUGGUGGAGUGGAGCGAGAACUUCCGCCAUCUCCAGCGACAGACUGUGAAGAAAUUCGGCCUGGAGGAGGCGGCCGAGGCCUCGAGCCUGGAGGUGAAGUGGCAGACGGACAUGUGGGGCGAGGUCGAGGACACUCACGACGUUGACAAGGAGGAUCUGAAGCGCCAGUUGGGCAGUGUGGUCAUCCUGCGCUCACGCAGCGCCCUGGCGCUUGCCCUCCUGCACCGCGACAAGUCGAAAGGCGAAGACAGAGACAAGAAGGAAGACGGCCCAGACGACACCAGCGACCAAGCCUCCGUCGGUUCGGCCUCGUCGGGGAAUGGCUUCUCCCUGAGACACACCCGCAGCACCAGCCGCCACAGUCCUGGGAAACCCUCGCUCGACCCAAGCUCGCCCCCCACGUCGGGUGCCCCUCUCAAGAACAUCCCUUCCAACCACAGCAGCCAGGGUGAAAGUGGGUUGGAGAAGGUGCCCUCCGUGGCUCAGAUCGAGAGCGGCAGCAUGUCCCUCGAUCAGUCGGUACGGACCUUCCGCUUGUUUGAGAUCCUGCGGAGCGGGGAUACCACGGCGAUCGCGAGGGCGAUUAAGGAAUCGCAGGAUCCGCAGACGGCCAACAGUCUCUAUGGUACCACCAUCCUACACCUAGCUCUGCAGUGCGCGGAGCCGCAGGUCGUGGAGUUUGUGUUGUCCUCAGGAGAUGACCAGAGUAUCAAUGCGCAGGACCGAGAGGGUAACACGCCUCUUCAUCUGGCGGCUCAGAUGGGCCGGGUCUCCCUGGUCCGCGAACUGCUGAGUCGGUCUUCUGUCAACGAUGCGAUCGUCAACUAUAGAGGCCAGACCCCGUUGGAUGUAGCACGCACACCCGAGAUAUUCCAGCAGCUGCAGCUGGCUCGCUCACUCUUCAUCGACAACAAGACGCAAGAGAUUCAAUCUCUGAUUGCGAAAAAGGACUAUGAGAACCUGGAGAAGCUGUUGGAGGAGCCUCGCGCGGAGGGCAUUUUGGAUGUCAACAGCCUGGAGUUGGUCACGGACCGCACCACGGCGCAGUCUGGCGGGACUCUGUUGCAUGAAGGUGCUCGCAACAAGGAUGCCCAGCUCAUCCAGAUUCUUUUAACCCACGGAGCGGACCCAUUCCGUCGUGAUAAGAAGGGAAAGCUCCCGCAAGAUGUCACCAAAGACGACAAGACGCGGGCUCUCCUCAAGAAGUCCCCGGCGGCAGUGAUUGCUCAACGCGGCAUCCAGGAGAAGGCCAUCCUUGGAAACAGCAAUGCCCAGGGCCUAGCUGGUCGUGCCCCUAUUGGUGACGCACCUCUAGCUGGCAAAGAUGCCCGGGAAAUGAGAGGAUAUCUCAAAAAGUGGACAAAUUACACCAGUGGAUAUAAAUUGCGGUGGUUCGUUCUAGAGGACGGCGUUCUGAGCUACUAUAAGCACCAAGAUGACGCUGGCUCUGCUUGCCGCGGUGCUAUUAACAUGAAGAUUGCUCGGCUCAACAUGGACGCCCAGGAUAAGACUCGGUUUGAAAUCCACGGCAAGUCUUCUGUCAAAUAUCAUUUGAAGGCAAAUCAUGUGGUUGAGGCAAAGCGCUGGUUCUGGUCUUUGAACAAUGCCAUUCAAUGGGCCAAGGAUGAAGCCAAGGAGGAAGAGCGGCAACGGAACCAAAAUGCCGAGGCUCUUCGCCAGGCCAAGAUGGACCAGAGUGAAGGACGCUCGGUUGGAACUCCCUCCGAGUCCGGCCUGAGUCACAGGCCCAGCACUAAGGGCCUGGCUCCUCCGUCAUCAUCCCUAGAAGUGCCGGGCAACAGCUCCACUCGACUGAGUACACAUGCUUCACGCACCACGCUUGAAACGACACCCGAGGAUGAGGUUAGCUCGGCUUAUGGUUCGCUGGACCAGAGCACCGCCCCGAAUGAUGUGAACAGAGUGAUCAGCCACAUCACAACCGCUCCUGAUGCAGAAGGAGAUGAUGAAGAAUACUAUGACUAUGCUUCUAGCCACGAAGCGCCUGCGGAGGACAAGGAUGCUCUCAACAUCACUGCGCAGUCGGCUAAGCUUCAACUGGAUCUCCUUGCCAGUGUGGCUGCUUCACUGCAGGCUGAGCGAACGAAGAAUCCUGAAAUGUCUAUCGGUGAUCCUGCCGUCGACCAGGCUCUUGGUGCCUAUGAAGGUGCCGUGAGUAGCCUGAAGGGCCUUGUGCAGAACCUCCUCAAGAUCUCGCGGGAUCGUGACUCCUACUGGCAAUAUCGGUUGAGCCGGGAGGAGCACUUGCGCCAGAUGUGGGAAGAGAGCAUGGCACGUGUUGCUCAGGAGCAUGAAGAGCUACAAUCUAAGAUGGGCGAGUCCGAAGAGAAGCGCAAACGGACUAAGCGAGCUUUGAAGGAGGCCUUGGAGAACGCAACAGCAGCUAGCCGCUCGAUCAGCGGCCCACCUUCUCGUGCAGUUGCGGAUGGUCAAGAAUCUUUGAAGCAGAGUCAGCCUGAGAUCCGGGCCCCCGAAGUCGUAUCGGAGGCAGAGGAACCAACCCAACCCCUCGCCGAGACUGCAAUCUCCCGCAAGCCCUCUGUGGCGAGCUGCCUUUACGACUCUGAGUCGGAUAGCGAUGAAUUCUUUGAUGCUAUUGAUGCUGGAGAAAUUGAAGUUGAGGAUAUGACUCACGCUGAGCCUGAAGAGACUGAGAAGCCUCAGGAUGAGAGCACCCAGGCUCGAACCGAUAAGGCCUCGAUGAUUUCGCCGUCUUUCAAGGGUUAUGAAGAUCCUGUCCGUGAGAGACUCAAGAUGGAUAAUGACAACCGCCCCAAGAUAUCUCUCUGGGGUAUCUUGAAAUCCAUGAUUGGCAAGGACAUGACGAAGAUGACUCUGCCUGUGUCGUUUAACGAGCCCACUUCUCUACUUCAGCGUGUCGCCGAGGAUUUAGAAUACACUGACCUUCUUGACAUCGCUGCUGAUAGGACAGACUCGAUGGAACGUUUGGUCUACGUGGCGUCGUAUGCUGCUAGUGAAUAUGCUUCGACCAUCGGACGUGUGGCGAAGCCUUUCAACCCGCUUCUUGGUGAGACCUUCGAAUACGUUCGGCCUGACAAGGGCUAUCGAUUCUUCGUCGAACAAGUCAGCCAUCAUCCUCCGAUCGGUGCUGCGUGGGCCGAAUCGCCCAAGUGGGAUUACUGGGGCGAGUCUUCUCUCAAGUCCAAGUUCUACGGUAAAUCCUUCGACAUCAACCUUUUGGGCACAUGGUUCCUCAAGUUGCGACCGGAACUGUAUACUUGGAAGAAGGUCACCUCCUCUGUCAUUGGAAUUAUCACUGGUAACCCCACCGUCGAUAACUAUGGUCUGAUGGAAAUCAAGAACUGGACUACCGGCGAGGUCUGCUAUCUUGACUUCAAGCCUCGUGGAUGGAAGGCCUCCUCUGCCUACCAGGUCGCCGGUAAGGUUGUUGACAAAGACGGCUCUCCCAAGUGGAGCAUUGGUGGCCAUUGGAACGACAAGAUCUAUGCCCGACACACCCCCGGCUUUGAAGCCGCCGUCUCCGGCCAGGAUCCUGAGUCGGCCAAAACACUCCUGGUGUGGCAGGCUCAUGCUCGUCCCACCGGUGUGCCCUUCAAUUUGACUCCAUUCGUCAUCACUCUCAAUUCUCUGCCCGAUGGUCUCAAGGCUUGGCUGCCUCCCACUGACACCCGGUUACGUCCGGAUCAACGGGCCAUGGAGGAUGGCGAGUAUGGCUUGGCUGCCGAUGAGAAGCACCGCGUUGAGGAGAAGCAGCGUGCCAAACGGAGGGAACGAGAGGUCAACGGCGACACUUACUCGCCACAAUGGUUCACUCGCGACAGAUGUCCCAUCACUGGAGAGGAAUUCUGGGCUCACAACGGCAAAUACUGGGCUAGCAGAGAUGUGCAGGAUUGGAGUCGCUCUGAGGACAUCUUCUAA